AUGAAACGGGCAGCAAACAUGGCUGCCCUGGCAAGUGGCAAUGGAGACUUUUCGUAGUUACAUAAGAAAAAUAGUAUUAAAAGAAAGGACUGUAAUUUAAUAAACAUGGGUUUAAUUAGACACGUCGUGUGCGCCAUGUCCGGAGGCGUUGACAGCUCUGUGGCGGCGCUGUUACUGAAGAGAAGAGGCUACAGUGUGACAGGAGUCUUUAUGAAGAACUGGGACUCUCUGGAUGAGAGCGGGCUGUGCACCACAGAGAGAGACUGUGAGGACGCCUACAGAGUGUGUCAGGACCUGGACAUCCCCUUCCAUCAAGUGUCUUAUGUCAAAGAGUACUGGCAUGAGGUGUUCAGUUACUUGCUGAAGGAAUAUGAGAAGGGGAGGACGCCAAACCCAGAUAUACUCUGCAACAAGCACAUCAAAUUUAACCAUUUCCACAAGUACGCCAUCAACACUCUGGGUGCUGAUGCCAUGGCAACAGGCCACUACGCCAGGACGUCGCAGGAGGACGAAGAGGUUUUCCAACAGACGCCCACGGCGCAGCCCAGCUCUCUCUUCAGAGAUCGAUUUGAGAUAAGAAAUCCUGUGAGGAUGUACCAAGGAGCCGAUCUAUUCAAAGACCAAACCUUCUUCCUUAGUCAGAUCUCCCAGGAUGCCUUGCGACAAACCAUGUUCCCACUGGCCGGACUCACCAAAGAGUUUGUCAGAAAGAUUGCUGCUGAGGCUGGCUUUCACCAUGUGCUGAAGAAGAAAGAGAGCAUGGGCAUCUGCUUCAUUGGAGAGAGGAACUUUGAAAACUUUAUUUUAGAGUACCUGGAGCCUAAACCAGGGAACUUUGUCUCCAUUGAGGACGGGACCGUCAUGGGAACACACAAAGGCUGGUUCACUCUGACGCUGGGCCAGAGGGCGAGGAUAGGAGGGCUAAAAGACCCCUGGUUUGUGGUGGACAAAGACAUCGCUACUGGAGAUGUGUUUGUGGCUCCAACAACCAAUCACCCGUCUCUUUUCCGUGACACGGUGCGAACAGACCGCUUCCACUGGGUCACGGUCGACCCGCCACCUGAACUCGUCAAGACCCAGAUGAUGGAGUGUCAUUUCCGCUUCAUCCACCGGAUGCCGCUCACUCCCUGUACAGUGACACUGAACAUGAACGGCUCCGUGUGGAUCUCACUCUCCCAGCCCAUCAGAGCUCUGACACCUGGACAGUUCGCAGUGCUCUACAAAGGAGACGAGUGUCUGGGUAGUGGGAAGAUCAUACAGCUGGGGCCCAGUGAGUACACACUCCAGCGGGGCAGAGAGCGGUUGGCACUGGCGGCAGCUCAGCUGAAGAAGCAGCAGACGCCUGAACCAGCAAGCUGAGAUGAGCUCACAGCCUGGACGUGGUAGAAAUGAGCUAUGUCCGGUACAUUAGGUAGAGCACACAGUUCCUGAGAAUAAACUCUGUGACAUGGUGCCUGUUCUGGAGGCCAUUUUAGAGACUGUAAAUGGGUGAGUGUUUUUAAACGCCCAGCUUCGACAUAUCAGCAGUAUGGAUGCCACAAUCCAUCAACCUAAAUUUUUAUUUGGACAGUUUUUGUCUUCACAUAGUUCUCAAUGGUAAAGGUCGUCUUUUUUCAAGGCUGCUGGUGCUCUGAGUCCUCUACUGUUGUUUUGUUUACUGUAACAGGAAAACUGUGAGCGGGUGGGAUCUGACUCUAAGCUAGCAGGGUAACUUGUCUUCUGACCCUGUUAUCUGUGAAUGAAAGUGACUGUGAUGUUAUAAUGUGAUUCAGACUUUUCAUUGACUGUAGCUUUUCCUGUCACCUGGCUGCUCGUGGUCAUGAAUCUCCCUCGUCUUUUACCUUUUUUCUGAUUGACUGUCGCGCACAUUCACCCUGCCUAUGUGCCAUCAGUGCUCAGUGUUAACCCAAAAGUCUUUGUCACAAUACAAGAUAGUUUCUGUUCUUGUUUGUGAAUUGAAGGUUAGAAGUUUUCUCCAAGGAGAAAUUAUGUCCAAAGCCAGUUAACAGUAAACAUAGGACUAAUUAUCGCCUCAAAGCAUGCCAAGUUAAAAGACUGCAACCAAAUAUGAUUUUAAAAUGGUGCUAUUUGUUAUCUUAGCGCUGUUUACAUGUCAGUCACGUCUUGAGACAGCUGAUUCAAUUGUUCUAAAUGAUUGAAAAGACAAUUAAAUUGUUGUCAGCUGUUGCUCAACAGCUUUAUACUGUCAUGCAUAUUUAUUCCAGUUUUUAAAUAUAGGAUUUUUAUAAAAAAAAACAACAAAUUAUUGGAAUAUGUAUAAAAGCAUUUUAAGUGCCUUUCUCUUUAAAUGGCAUUGCUGUAAGUAGCGGAACACGAGUUCUUCCUGACCUACAAACAGUAAAUACUUGAACAUUUACAAAUGAGUGAAUAAACCGAAAUAUGUGGUGUGUA